AUGCAAGUGACUGGUAAUUCAUAUAAAAUAUUUCAGGAGCGCGCUCUCAAACGCACACCCUCGGCAAAAUGGAUGCGAUUUGGAAAACGAUCGCCAAACGCAAAAUGGAUGCGGUGA